CCUCCAGCAGCACUACCACCACCACCAGCCGCCGCCGCCGCGGAGGCCCGAGGUUCUCCGCUCGUCGUCGUCGCCCGGGCCUUCCUCCUCCUCGUCGUCGUCGUCGUCGUCCUCCUCUUCGUCGUCGUCGUCGUCGUUGUCGUCGUCCUCGGUGCCGGCCGCCUGCUCGCCCAGAAGCAGCAGCAGCAGCAUGGUCCGGGAGACCAGGCACCUCUGGGUGGGCAACUUGCCGGAGAACGUCCGCGAGGAGAAGAUCAUCGAGCACUUCAAGCGAUAUGGACGUGUUGAAAGUGUCAAAAUUCUCCCCAAAAGGGGAUCGGAAGGCGGCGUGGCUGCCUUUGUGGAUUUUGUGGACAUUAAGAGUGCCCAGAAGGCACAUAACUCAGUCAACAAAAUGGGAGACAGAGACCUCCGGACGGAUUACAAUGAACCAGGAACCAUUCCUAGCGCUGCUCGUGGAUUGGAUGAUACAGUUUCCAUAGCGUCUCGUAGUAGAGAGGUUUCUGGGUUCAGAGGAGGUGGUGGUGGGCCCACAUAUGGCCCACCUCCAUCACUUCAUGCACGGGAAGGACGCUAUGAGCGGAGACUUGAUGGGGCUUCAGAUAACAGGGAGCGUGCUUAUGAACACAGUGCCUAUGGACACCAUGAACGGGGGACAGGAGGAGGAUUUGAUCGGACAAGACAUUACGAUCAGGAUUACUACCGAGACCCUCGGGAGCGGACUUUGCAACACGGACUCUACUACAGUUCUCGGAGCCGCAGCCCGAGCCGUUUUGACGCUCAUGAUCCCCGUUACGAACCUCGGGCCCGGGAACAGUUUACAUUGCCCAGCGUGGUUCACAGGGAUAUCUACAGAGACGAUCUCACCCGGGAGGUCCGAGGGAGGAGGCCAGAGCGGAGCUACCAACACAGCCGGAGCCGGUCGCCGCACUCGUCUCAGUCCAGGACCCAGUCCCCUCAGAGACUGGCGAGCCAGGCGUCACGGCCGACCCGGUCGCCCAGUGGCAGCGGGCCCCGGAGCAGGUCCUCCAGCAGUGAUUCCAUCAGCAGCAGCAGCAGCACCAGCAGCGACAGCAGUGACUCCAGUAGCAGUUCAAGUGAUGAGUCCCCCGCCCGCUCUGUUCAGUCCACGGCUGUUCCGGCACCCACCUCCCAGUUGCUUCCAUCUCUGGAGAAAGAUGAGCCCCGCAAAAGUUUUGGGAUUAAGGUCCAGAAUCUUCCAGUACGAUCCACAGAUACCAGCCUUAAAGAUGGAUUGUUCCAUGAGUUCAAGAAGUAUGGGAAGGUGACCUCGGUGCAGAUCCACGGGGCCUCCGAAGAGCGCUACGGGCUGGUCUUCUUCCGGCAGCAGGAAGACCAGGAGAAAGCCCUGAAUGCUUCCAAGGGAAAGCUCUUCUUUGGCAUGCAGAUUGAAGUGACGGCCUGGAUCGGGCCUGAAACAGAAAGUGAGAAUGAAUUUCGACCUUUGGAUGAAAGGUUUGAUGAAUUCCACCCGAAAGCAACAAGAACUCUCUUCAUUGGCAAUUUGGAGAAAACCACCACCUAUCAUGACCUUCACAACAUUUUCCAGCGUUUUGGAGGGAUCGUGGAUAUUGACAUCAAGAAGGUGAACGGCGUGCCUCUGUAUGCAUUUCUGCAGUACUGUGACAUUGCAAGUGUGUGCAAAGCCAUUAAGAAGAUGGAUGGAGAGUAUCUGGGAAACAACCGGCUGAAGCUGGGCUUUGGGAAGAGUAUGCCCACCAACUGCGUGUGGCUGGACGGCCUUUCGACCAACAUCACGGAUCAGUAUUUAACACGCCACUUCUGCCGCUACGGUCCCGUGGUGAAGGUGGUGUUUGACCGCUUAAAAGGCAUGGCUCUCGUUCUCUACAAAGAGAUUGAAUAUGCGCAAGCAGCUGUAAAAGACACCAAGGGGCGGAAAAUCGGUGGGAAUAAAAUUAAGGUGGAUUUUGCAAACCGUGAGAGCCAGUUGGCCUUCUAUCACUCCAUGGAGAAAACGGGUCAAGACAUUAGAGACUUCUACGAAAUGCUGGCCGAGAGGAGGGAUGAAAGAAGAGGUUCUUAUGAUUAUGCUGCUGAUCGUACCUAUUACGAGGCUGUUCGGACGCCAGGGACCUAUCCAGAAGACCCUCGGAGAGACUAUCCAGCCCGUGGCAGGGAAUUUUAUGCAGACUGGGAUCCUUACCAAGGAGACUAUUAUGACCCACGGUAUUACGACGAUCCACGGGAGUACAGAGAUUACCGUGGAGACCCUUACGAGCAGGACAUAAGGGAAUACAGUUACAGACAGCGGGAGCGUGAAAGGUUUGAAUCCGAUCGGGACCGUGACCAUGAAAGGAGGCCCAUCGAGAGGAGCCAGAGUCCUACUCAUUCUCGGCGGCCGCAGAGUCCUGGGGUGUCUCCAUCGCAGUCGGAGCGGCUGCAGAGUGACUCUGAGCGGAGGAUCUACAGCCGGUCUUCCGAGCGGAGUGGCAGCUGCAGCUCGCUUUCUCCCCCGCGCUAUGAGAAGCCAGACAAAACACGCCUCGAGCGAUAUCCCAAAAAUGAAAAAACAGAAAAAGAGCGUGCUUUUGAGCCAGAGAGACCUGACAAAGAGAAGCGCCUUGCGAGGAAAGAGAAGCUGGAAAAACUCGAAAGGGAAAAGGCAGAGAAGCUGAAACGCAAGGCCAAAGUGCCUUCUCCCAGCUCUCCAUCCUCAGAGGCUGAAGAGAACGAAGAAGAGCCCAGUCCUGAGAAAGUGAAAGGCAGUGGCAGCAAACCCAGCCGGGAAAGACUGGACAAAGAUGGGACGGCAAAGAACCGCCUGGAGCUGAUGCCCUGCGUGGUGUUGACACGCGUGAAAGAAAAGGAAGGGAAAGUCAUGGACCAGCCGGCUUUGGAGAAGCUAAGAGGGCGGCCGGAGAACGAUGCCGUGAAGUCUCCCUCCCUUGAGCCCAAAAUGCAGGCUUCUCAGAUGGAGCCCAUCAAGUCAGAUCUGCUGAAACUGGAACCCGUCCGAACGAAGGUACCCAAAGAGAAGGUGCUUGCCAGUCACAUUGAAAUGGUGGACAAGGACGGGAAGCUGAAGCCCAAGAAGCACCUGAAAGUGGAUCAGUCCAGCGAGGUGGCCAAUCCCGUCGAUCUGGAAAAGCUGGAGGCUCGCAAGAGGCGCUUUGCUGAUGCCAACCUCAAGCCUGAGAAGCAGCAAAAAAUGGAAAUCAAAAGAGGUAGUCAAGAGGAAGAGGACGCACGGGUGGUUUCCAAGAAGCAGAUGGAUGCGAUGGGUGAAUCGGAAAGAAAACCCCCAAGGAAAGAGAUGCUUAAACGGGAGUCCAAGAAGAUCAAACUGGAAAGGCUCAACAUCGCUGCCAGUCCCAAGGAUACUCAAGAGCCGACAGGUGUUUCCGGAGGCGUUGGUUCUCGUCCCAGUUUGGACCUGGCCGCUCGGUUGGGAGAGACAAUGGAGGAGGCCACAGAAGCUCCCGAGAUCCCCUCUCGAAAGGCAAAUUUGAUGAAACUGCAGCACAAGCACACACAGCUGUUAGAAGAUCCAGGAGCAGAGAGAGAGGACACCUGGAAAAGCUACUGCAGCCUUCCAGAGGAAGCAUCUGACCACAAGCAUGUCCAAGACAAGCCUCCCCCCUCCGAGAUGGAGGAGAAAAUCCCCAUCGACAUUGACCACACGCAGAGUUAUCGGAAGCAAAUGGAGCUCAGCCGCCGGUUGAAGCAGCAGAUGGAAAUGGAGAUUGCGAAGCAUGAGAAGUUUGGCAGCCCCAAGAAAGACCUCGACGAGUACGAGAGGCGCAGCCUGGUGCACGAAGUGGGAAAACCCCCGCAGGAUGUGACCGACGAUUCCCCUCCCAGUAAGCGGAAGAAAUCUUCCGAUGCUUUUGACUUUGAGAUCAGCACCAAGAGAGAGAGAAACUACCGAAGCUCUCGGCAGGUGAGCGAAGACUCGGAGAGGAUGGCCUGUUCCCCUGGUCUCCGGCCCUUCCACUUCCACGAGGAAGAGGAGAUGCUGGAUUCCCCGCGUUCAGUGCCAUUAAAAGAAACCAAAGAAUCGCCUAAAACGGAAGAAAAGGGCCCUCCGUACUCCAAUGUGGCUGUCAGGGAAGAGGCCUUGAAAUUUAACCCCUACGAUUCCAGUCGACGAGAGCAGAUGGCCGAAAUGGCUAAAAUAAAGCUAUCUACCCUGACUACAGAAGAGGAAUCCCAUCGGUGGGAAGCCCAAGUGAAACAGGAGCCCAACCGAGUGGAGAUUAGCUUUCCGAGCAGCAUUGUCAAAAGGAAAAGCAUACGGAAGCGGUCCGUAAGGGAUCUGGAGCCCGGGGAGGUGCCUUCAGACUCGGAUGAUGAUGGUGAUAGUAAGCCCCAUUCUCCUAAGACCUCUUCAUUACUGGAAAACUCCAGGUUAUCUUUUUUAUUGCGGGACAGGGAAGAGAAGCUCCGGGAGAGAGAGGAAAGGCUGCCAACAUCUUUAGAACGGAAUAAGUUUUAUUCUUUUGCACUGGACAAGACCAUCACCCCAGACACAAAAGCACUGCUGGAGAGGGCGAAAUCUCUCUCAUCAUCUAGAGAAGAGAACUGGUCUUUUCUCGACUGGGACUCGAGGUUUGCUAGUUUUCGAAACAACAAGGACAAAGAGAAAGUAGACUCAGCGCCAAGGCCUAUCCCUUCAUGGUACAUGAAAAAGAAGAAGAUCAGGACAGAUUCCGAAGGGAAGCUGGAUGAUAAAAAAGAAGACCAGAAGGAGGAGCAGCAAGAAAGGCAGGAGCUGUUUGCCUCUCGGUUCUUGCACAGCUCAAUCUUUGAACAAGAUUCUAAGCGCCUACAGCAUCUGGAGCGAAAAGAAGAUGACCUUGACUUCCUCUCUGGCCGACUGUAUGGCAGGCAGACCUCUUUGGAUGGUACCAACAGCCUGUCGGACUUCACGCCAGAGCCAGUGGUUCUCUUUCACAGCCGAUUUGUGGAACUCACUCGAAUGCAGCAGAAGAAGGAGAAAGACCAGAAGCCCAAAGAAGCCGAAAAGCAGGAAGAGAAGGAAAAUCGGCCCAAGACCCCUGAAGCUGUGCUUGAGAACAAAGAACCAGAGCAUAAACCUCCACUGCUUGUUGGGCUAGCCGCCGGGGUGAUGGUUACACAACAGGAAGCCUCCUCACUGGUCAUACCUGAGAAGGUGGUGAAUGAGAAGCUCCCGGUGGAGGCGGCCUCUUCUUCAAGAGAUGAGAAGCCACCAGAGCACGGGCCUGUUGCUGAAGAGCCAAAGCCUCUUCCGGAGCUCCUGGAACCUGUGAAAACAGAACUUCUAGUGCAGGCGGAAGCCCGGCCAGGCGCAGAGGGCAACAGGACAGAGACGGUUCUUCCAGCUGCAGCUGCUGAAGGUGACUCUGUAUCUGUGGAACAUCCUUCCUAUUUGGAUACCAAGCCACCAACACCGGGAUCUUCUUUUUCCCAAGCAGACAUCAGCACUGACCCAGAACGGGAAACAGUCUCACCACCUCCCAAAUUGGUCACAAAGUCCGAGGAUGUGCCUGAGGUGAAAGAGGAAGAAUUGUCACCCACUCUGAACUUGGAGCCAUCCGCGGGCCAGAAGGCGGAAGCAGCGUCUGAAGCUUUACCUCCCAUUUCUGAUACGGAGGCAGAAGCUGAGCCCCCUGUUGUUGUAAAAGACAAGAAGUCGUCGAAGAACAAACGUUGCAAGACCCCCGUCCAGUCGUCUGUGGCCAGUGCUCCGGAGAAGCCUGUUACAAGGAAGAGUGAAAGAAUUGAUCGCGAGAAGCUGAAAAGGUCCGGCUCUCCCCGUGGGGAAGCCCUGAAACUUCUGGAACUGAAAGUAGAAACCGAGAAGGGAUCCCGGAAUGCUUCAAAAUCCCCAAGUGCUGCCACAGAACCAGAGACCCCUGAGCCCAGUUUGCUCGUAGGCCGAACCAGACGUCGAAACGUCAGGUCUGUUUAUGCCACCACGGGGGAUCACGAAGGACCCUCCCCUGUGAAGGAGCCCGUGGAGAUCACCAGGUCUACCAGGAAAAGAGUGGAACGAGAACCUCCCGAUGCCACAACGGUGCCAACUCCUCCGAGGAGAGGCAGACCUCCCAAGGCCCGCCGCAAGCCCGAGGAGGAGAUCUCCCCCAUCAAAGCCGAACCGGCACAGCCAGAGGCCGAAGAAACAGAAGUGAAAGAGACGGUCGAAAUCCCUAAGCCUGUGGAGGGAUGGAGGUCCCCCAGAUCCCAGAAGCUAAUGCACGGCCACUCAUCAGCUGCCGGCGGCCCCUCAGGCAAGAGAGGGAAGAACGAGCUGAAGGCCGAGAUCUCCCCGGAGCCUGAAGAGACGGUUGAAUCUCCCAGCCAAAGCUUGAAUGUGGGUGAAAACAGCGGGAAGCCCAAGGUGGAGAAGGAGCCUCUUGCCAGCGAACCGAAGCGAGACAGGAAAGAUGUUGAAGUGGACAAAAGCCCACCUGACCCCUGCCCAGUUGAGAUUUUAGAACGGAAACCUGUCCCAGAGAAAGUGACAAAGGCCAAAAGGGGACGAUCCAGGAACGUCAAAGCGGUCGACAAAGCAUCCUUGAUGAAGAGCCUGAAGAACAUUGAGAUCCGUCUCAACGUGGAUGAAGUCAAAGGUGCUCUCCGGCCAAGCGAGGAGGAGGGGGAGUCUCUGCCAGCCUCACCCCCCAAAACCAGAAGCCCUCUGAAGGAAGACAAACUGUCGCCCUCCUUCGUAAAGAAUGAUCCCGAAGACCACUUUCAGGAAGUGGCCCAAGAAGGAGAGUGUGAAUCUACACACUCCCCUGAGGCCGAUCAGCUGGCCAAGCAGAUCGAGCUGGAGCGGGCAGUGGAGAACAUAGCCAAGCUCACCGAAAGCCCAGCAAUCACCCCCUACAAGGCGGCCGAGGUAUCAGAGGCGGCCGAAGUAUCAGAGGUACGCCAGGAGGAAGAGGGGGACAAACCUGCUCAUCAGGCUAGUGAAACGGAACUAGCUGCCGCCAUUGGGUCCAUCAUCAACGACAUUUCCGGAGAGGCUGAGAACUUCCCUGCUCCCCCAACGUAUCCGGCUGAGCCAGAACCUGACAUACCGGCUGUACCGCUGGUGUUGCCGCCUCCACGAGAGGAGGUGAUGGAGCCCGAGACAGAUCAAGCGGUUAUCAACAUCUUUGAGGCAGAAGCAGGGUCUGUGGAGCCGCCUGGCCCACCUGUCCCCGGAUCUGCAGCAGACACUGAAAGCAAGGAGGCAGAAGUGAGCUUCAGCGAAUCCUCAAAUUCAGCUCAGGAAGCAGAAAGUAUCCAGGAGGCCGAGGUUUCUCGGAAAGAACGUGGCCGCCAGAAGGUCACCCGGGCAAGACGCAAGCGCAGCAUGAGCAAGAAAGGCGAGGCUCCGGAAAUGAGGACAGUGGAGCCGGAAAACAUCUCAAGCAAAUCUCCUCUUGCCAGUGAUGCCAAAGGAAAACCCGAAGGGGCCAUGAAAGAGGACAGUCAGGGGACACAUUCUCCUCCCACGGCCUCCCCAGUGGGUGUCCCUGACGUGAGCAAGGUGGCCACCCUAGAUGUGAUGCCUCACAAACCCACCACGGAGAGCAGCCCUCUGCGCAAAGCUCCUGAUCCGUUGGAUCGUCACUCUCCCUCCCCUCCAGCCGACGAAGUGGGCUCGAGUGGGUUCAAGCUGCGCUCCACACCUGACAACACCCCUGUGACUCUCCCCAGCGCCCCUUUGCAGACCGUUACGCCUUUGGCCGCCAUGAAGUUCCCAGCGCCUGUCCCUGCCGGGGUGGUUCCACUUCAUUCCAGCACUACCAAGGUGACAGAGUGGAUUGUGAAGCACGAGGAGGCCCGGACCCGCUCCACCCCACCGCCGGCUCUGCCUCCCGACACAAAGGCAUCGGACAUAGACACAAACUCCAGCACCUUGCGGAAGAUCUUGAUGGAGCCCAAGUAUGUGUGUGCUGCCGGCGUAGCCUCCACACAUGUCACGGCUGCCAUCGCUGAGCCUGUCAGCGCUCCUCGGUUGGAGGAGGCCUCUGUCCAUCCUCCCGCAGAGGCUGUUAGAGCUGGUUCGGAUGAAAAGCCAGCAGUCCCGGCCCCCAACACGUUGGAACUGGCGGCCGCAGAGGCCCCGGUCUUCCCAGAGAAAGAGAAGAUCAUUUCAGUCAUUGCCCCCAAAGCCACCUCUGUGAUCAGCAGGAUGCCCCAUAGCAUUGACCUUGAAGAGACCCCCAGGAUCACCUUGGUAAAGCAAGCGCCUCAGCCCCAGACCUGCCUUGUCAGCGCCCUUUCGCCCAAGUACAAGCAGAGGCCAAGUACCAACGACAACAGUCGGUUCCAUCCCGGGUCUAUGUCUGUGAUUGAAGACCGUCCCGUGGAAACAGGAUCCAGCUCAGGCCUGCGUGUCAACACCUCUGAAGGCGUAGUCCUCCUGAGCUAUUCGGGGCAAAAAACGGAAGGCCCUCAGCGGAUCAGCGCCAAGAUCAGCCAGAUCCCGCCAGCGAGCGCUGUGGACAUUGAGUUCCAGCAGUCUGUCUCCAAGUCUCAGAUCAAGCAAGAACCUCUCGGCUCCUCUCCAGCAAUCCAGAAGGGCACUCAGGCUCCAGUGGUGGGGUAUGGGAGUGUAUCUGCCCCAUCUCUGGCACUGGGAACCCAGCCAUACAGCCCUUCCCCCGUCCUCACCUCCAUCAAGCAAGAGCGGAGCAGUAGUCUGGAGAAGUCAGAGCCAGCCCACCACUCGGUCCAGGCCCCUACUUCACAGCCCGGCCCAGUCAAAGUCCUUUCCCAGUCGGCCAACACACCCUCCAUCCUCAUCCACAACCAGAUGGUCCUCCCUCAGGGCAUAGCUUCUUCCACCAACAAAAAGCUUCCAGACCCAGCUGCCCUGAAAGGGGAGGCGAAAACUCUCCAGCCAGCCAGCCUGAGCCCCGGCGUGAGCCCUCAUCACGCCUCCUUGUCUGUCAAGAUGCAUCCGGAGGCCAACCAUGUGAGUGCCGGAGGUGGAGGCCCCGGGGAGCGGGCUGGGCCUCACCUGAGUGCCACCAAGCAGGAGCCCCUUUCCCCACGGACCAGUGGCCACUCUCCGUCUCAGUUCCCCAGGGCUUGUCACCCGGGCGGUCCUUCCUCCCCUGCUUUGUCGGGGAACAGCGCCAUGUUGGGGAUCCAGGGGUCUCCGUGCCCGGGAAUCCCCGUGCCUCAGUACAUCUCCAGCAUGCACCCAGAGCAGUCCGUGAUCAUGCCCCCACACAGCGUCACCCAGACGGUGUCCCUGGGCCACCUCACCCAGGGUGAAGUGAGGAUGAACACCCCUCCGCUGCAGGGCAUGCCCUAUGGCAUCCGGCCGGAGGCGCUCCACUCCCCACGGGCGGCCCUGCAGCCCCAGCGCUCCAGCACCCCCCAGCCGGCCCCCCUCCGGGACAUCGUCAUGCCAUCUCUGUCUUCCCAGCAUUCCUCCGAGGAGGAGAUGCACUACCACCACCCAGUGUGCCGGGGAUCAGCCCCGGUGCAGUCGGACGUUCUGGUGAUGCAGCCGGACUACCGCAUGCAUCCCACGGGUCUCCGGCUCGACCAAUACAACGUACCCCGGGACGUGAGGAUGAUGAUGCACCCGCACAUGGCCGCCGUGGGCAGCGACCACCACCCGGAGAGCCGGCAGUCCAGGACGCCAGAGGGGCGGUCAGUGAAGACUCCUCCAGCCACCAAGACGCUGCAGUCGGGCAAAGAGACGCCCAAGGCGUCGGAGGUCAAGAUGGCGCACUCUCCCCACAGUGAAUCUCGGCUCCUGAGCAGCCAGCUCCCGGGGCUGCCCUUGACGCAGCCAGUGGUCGUCCCUCAUGGCGUACAAAUUAUGCAUCCCACGGGGAGCUCCUUCCACGACUACCGGACCGUCUACAGCGACAUGAGGAGCUACCAUCCGGCCGCUCAGCUGGGCCACCCACCGUUCUCUGGGGCUUCGCCGAUCGGCCUGCCUUCCCGGAGCAUGACCCCCUCUCAGGGCCUUCCGGAAGGGGAACACUCGCACCCCAACCAGCCGGCUCACAGCAAGACUCCCCAGCUCUCCCAGGAGCCGAAGGGGGCCCAGGCGGCAGGCCCAGACCCCACCCACCAUUCGGCCGUCAGCCGGCACCUGCAGCAGAUGGAACCGCACUUGCACCUCCCGCGAGGCCAGGCAGAAGCGAGCCAGACCUCCUUCCCGUCCCCCGUGGCUGUUUCGGUCAAGCAGGAGCUCCCGUCGCCCCACCAGGCCUCCCUGCAGAAGACCUCCUUGUUCGUCCCAACCACCGCCGGGCCCGCUGCCGCUCCUUCAGGGCUGCUUGUCUCACGGCCCGAACCCCAGUCGGUGCUCAAACUCGACCCGGCCGCUCACACUGUUUCCCAGAGGCCCGUGGACAUGGUCCAGCUUCUGACCAAGUACCCCAUUGUGUGGCAAGGGCUGCUGGCACUGAAGAACGACACGGCGGCCGUCCAGCUGCACUUUGUCUCCGGCAACAACGUCCUGGCCCACCGCUCCCUGCCCGCCCCAGAGGGAGGGCCCCCCCUGAGGAUUGCCCAGCGCAUGAGACUAGAAGCAUCGCAGCUGGAAGGCGUGGCCCGCAGGAUGAUGGUGGAGAGUGAUUACUGCCUGCUGCUGGCCUUGCCUUGCGGCCGAGACCAAGAGGAUGUGGUGAGCCAGACGGAGUCACUCAAGGCCGCUUUCAUCAGCUACCUACAGGCCAAGCAAGCCGCCGGCAUCAUCAACGUUCCCAAUCCAGGCUCCAACCAGCCGGCGUAUGUUCUGCAGAUCUUCCCGCCCUGCGAAUUCUCAGAGAACCACCUCUCCCGCCUGGCCCCAGACCUCCUGGCCAGCAUCUCCAACAUCUCUCCUCACCUCAUGAUUGUCAUUGCCUCGGUCUGAGCAGCGGAUGAGUUGUGGACCUGUCUUUUCCCCCCUCCAAGGCCCUAUAGCAAAAACAGAGGCAACGGACGAUGGAAGGGUGGACUCAGUAGAAGGAAAGAAGGAAGAGAGGAAGGGGCUCCUCCGGCCCCCACCCCCACCUCUGGGGCCUUGGCCAAAUGCUCAUGGGGUGGUGCCCCCCACUGGCUUGUAUGUUUACAUUUUGCUUCAGCGAAGGCGGUCACCCGAGGGGCUCAGUGAGGCAGCCCGAGCCGGGCUUGUCGCGCCUCCUCUUUGAGGAGACAAAAGGAAGUCUUUUCAACAUGGAGGGAAUAAGUUUCAAAAGCACGGAAAAGGAACCAGAACUGCCUUUGCACUAGUUUAGUGGCUUUGGACCUUUGCACAGCUGAGAGGUGUGUUGUGGCAUCCCGGGUGGCAGUCUCAGUACACUCAUCCAGCCGGCGGACGGACACACUGGACUUGUGAGAGAGAUGCAAGACCUGGGAGGUGGUGCACCUGUCAGCGGGUCGAGGAGCAUUUCACACCGUUCCUUUCCUCCCUGACACACACACACAUACACAGAGUGCUUGAUUCUCCCAGUUGUUCCUCCCUUGCUCCUUGAACUGCCCCAUCAGCCUCCACCCAACCCCGAUGCUGCAGUUGCCUCGUGCCCCUCCGUCUGGGAUGUGCAGUUUACACCAAAAGCAAAACACAAAAGGGAGAGCUAUAUUUUCCUUCUCGGCAGGAUAUUGCAGGACUCUGUGGGUGGGUGU